AUGGCGCAAAGACAAGGCCAUCUGGACGAGAAGGCGGUAUGGGACGACUCGGCCCUGGUAGACUCCUGGAACGAAGCUUUGAAAGAGUACAAGAAAUACCAUAGCAUACAGGCAAAGGGGGGGAGCAUCGAGGACCUCGAGGACGAGAAUCCGACAACGGCUGCAUCCUUGGCAGGAGGACAAGAUGGCUGGGCUAACGGUGAGGCAAAUGUCUCGGGCAUCAGACUUGAGGCGGCCACAGGAGAAAGGGACCUCAUGUCUGCUGGGCAUGAACAUAUGCACAAUGCUUCAUCGACCGGAGCAGGCGAUCUGCCACCUGAUGCAGACAAUGCGGCUGGACAAGCCUCGGCGAAAUUCCAAGUCCCGGCAGCGUUUCCACCUCAAGCUAUUUUGGGAUCAGUACAAGACGAAAACCUCAAGAGGCUUCUCAUUGCGUGGUAUUAUGCAGGAUACUACACGGGACUCAUCGAAGGGAAUCAGCAAGCACAGUAG